UUAAUUAACAGUUGUGCAUAAUGGAAAACAAAUGAUAACGGCCAAACUGGAAAAAAUCCUAAAACAACUCUAAACAUGUUUUUGGCUACUAAUCGAAAUUUCAAUACAGAUUCGCCUUCACAUAAUGGUAAGUAGAGAUUUUUAUUUUUAUUUCAAAUUGACGACUCAGAGGAGGUAUACAACCGAUCCCAAGAUUUCACGCCUAAAAAGACCAUUUGAGGACUGGAUUCAAGAUAUGUAUGAUCGAAACAAACUCAAGACCUCUUCCUUUCAACUCGCCCCAAACAAAAGAAAUUAUUGAGCAGUCGCCGCCUGCUCGAAACAGCGACCACGGGGCCACGGGGGAAUGUUGUACAAGCAUUGACGAAUUAACGAGUAACGAGUUUGACCUUUUCGGUACAUGGUCUAUCCAGGCUACCCAGCGCAUCCAGGACGCGUAUCGCCAGUACGUCGCAAGAUCCAGGUAUAAACCUCCAUGGAUUCGGGGAGUGAAAACGGUCGGAGCGAGGCCGCCAUCGUCCGUUCAAGACGAAAGCUCAAAGACGGUCACUCUGAGACCGUCUCCAAGCCCGUCUUUCGAAUGUUCGGCUAGUUCCAGCUCGUAUUACCACGAUUUUGAAAACACGGAUGCCACCCGUGAAAUAGACACUGAUGACAGUUCGACAGAAUUUACUUCUUCCUUUUUGUCCGAAGAUACCGAAUCAUCCUCUAGCGAAUCAACGAACAACGAUGAUUUCACGUUGGAUUCAAAUGUCAAACACUUUGGGACGGAAGACGACAAACAAGGUUUAUCGCAUUCGGAGGCAAAUUGGAUGUUACCUCACAACGGGCCAGUUGACAUAACUUGUGGGAUGGUUUACGUCUGUCAGGACGGGCAAAAUAAAUAUAACCGAGAUACCACCGAAGAAACGAGGAGCACAGACGAAUUGUCCGAUUCUGAUGAACUCGCGCAGCUUAUUUCGAAUAGUGAAAACGAAAACGACGAUAUAGAAAAUGACGAUGAGAAGACCGAUGGUGAAACUAUGGGACGAAUCUCUGAAACAACUCGGAGACUGGCUUACCUCACGGCCCAAAGCGCGUGCAUGAAAAUGAAGCGUGAUAAAAAAUGUGAAAACCCCUGUAACACCAGUAUCAAGAGCCCGGAAGUUUCCACCCUGACAAACAGUGGUAGGCAAAAGGCGAAAAUAUAUUCCCUGCUCGAAGUUAAUCACUUGAACAAUUGCAAUUGCAUGAAGGACGAUCCAAUGGAUCCAGAUCCGUUGAUUGCGCUUCUUUUGGACAAGAAAGGCAAGCCUGCAAAGUCUGUCGUCCGCCUUAACGAUUACGAUAACCUCAUGACCCGCGUUUUCAAAUUCUUAUACCCUUCUGCUUACACAUCCUUAAAUUUCACGUUCACACUAAAACCAAACGUAGUAAAGCACGUUAGCGAUUUGAACAGAUUCGAAAGAGAACUGACCGGCAAGGCUGGAGGUGCCGGGUUGGUCAAUUCUUCCGAUGAAGAGGGCGAAGGAGGGGUCGACAGGGAUAUAAUUAACAAUUUGAAAGUCAGCGAACAGACCAGGUUUAUGGCGGCUUACAAUGCGGCGGAGAUGGCGGCCAGAGCUUCGGGUUGCAAUGCCGACGAGGUCGAAAAAAUGGUAUUAAGCGCAAACAAGGACUUUGACGUAAAUCUGAGCAACGUUCAGGGUUUCCCGUCGUUCUACACUCAACAAGAGCAACUUGUUACCGUGAUCGGCUACGUGGGAGUCACACGACCUCACGACGGAUGCCGCGGUAAUCCGCAGCCGAAUUGUCCUACCUGCAAAAAAAAUCAUGGGAACACCUCUCAAAUACGGGCCAAUGAACAGAGAAAUUUAGCCUGCGAAUACGAUAGUUCCGACGAACUAAGGUUCAGUGAAACCGAUUGAUAAUUGUCUUUCCGCUUUUCAUUAUAAUAUGUACGUCCUUUAUCUGUACUUGUCACUCAUGUAUCGAUUGUUCAAUAAAUAAUAACACAACCGUGGGUCAAGUUCAAAAUGAA